UAACCCCUGCGAUAAGUGAGGGAACACUGUACACUUCUUGGAUCUGGUGGCAAGGCACAAAUUGUAAUACUAUUGAUUGCUUUUUCUAUGAGGAUUAGCACAAGCAUAUGUGCAAUACUAUCUGUAUCAACACAUUUGUGGAUUAAGUUUGAGCUGUAAAUCAUCUUAAAUAUUUGUUCUGGUCACAACAAGAGUACUAGGGUUUAUUAUUGGAUGGAAGAUCAUGGAGAAACUGUGGAGCAAUGAGCACGUGUGUGUAACAAUUACAAGCAGAAAUAUAGGACUUCUUUGAUGUUUGUAGUGAUGUCUGGAUUUCUAGAGCUUGAUGUUUGGUCACCACUGCUAGUGUUCUGUUGGAAUUGUGGAGGAAACCAGUACUAUUUAAAUUAGGUAUAAACGUGCCCACAUAAAUACAUAUCUUCCUUUUUGAAAGUGGUCUAUCGUGCUUCUUAGAGGUUACCCUAAAAUUCAGAGGUACUUCUGGAGUACUUCCCAGAAAAACAGACAGAAACAAAGGUGAGACAUCUGUCCAUGGAUGAACUGUUUUUGCUAUUUAAAGAGAUUUCUUGGAGUAUGUCAAGAGCCUCCUCCCUAAGCUACUAUAGAUGAUGUGAGUAUAAGGGAUUGUUAUUAAUUGCCUUUGACACCAGUGAAUUGCAACCCUGUGAAUGAGAAAUCUCCAAGUCACUGUACUAUCAGCAGCAUUUCUCAGGUCUUGAGACUCAUGGCUGUGGCUUCCUUCUUCAUGCUAUACACCUGUAAUAUGGCCUUCCUCUUUUCCGACUGCUUGCCAAGCAUUAUUAUCCUUGCUAGUGAGUUAUAUUGUCCCAUGAUAUAUCCAAAGUAUGACAAUCUCAAUUUAAUCGUCUUGACUUCUAGGUAGAAUUCAAACUUGAUUUGCUCUCAGGUCCAUUAUUUGUUGUUUUGGUAAUCCAUGGUAACCAUGGAACUUUCCUCCAGCAACACAUUUCAAAUGAGUUGAUUUUUGUCCCUUUAACUUUUCUUUCACAAUCAUGAAAGAAAUCAGAAAGAUGGUCUGGACAAUCGUAACUGUAUGCAAUGAUAUAUCUUUACACUGUGUAAUUCCUUCAUAACUGACCAAGUACUAGUACUGUGAUCUCUUGUUUAAAGUCUCCCUUCUGACAGUAGACCCAUACUUGGUUGAUCAUGAAGGGAAGUUUCUUUUCCUAAGUGUAAAGUCACUUGUUUAAGAAAAAACACACAAUUACAGUUUAUAUAAUUCAAUCAGUUUUAUUGUUUGUGCUGAAAAUGGCCAUAGUAACUCUGCUCAUUGUUAAUCAUAUAAAUUAUUACAUUCAUUUUGCUUUACAAAAAUAAAGUCAGCAUUCUUGACUCUCAGAAACUGCAACUGCAUAGAGUUUAUACGCAUUAUCCCCCAUUUGAGCUGUUGGGAAAUUGCAGAUUUUUAAAUAAUAUUAGUGGUUCUUGAUAACUAGUGCUUUUUCUUACAAUUACCGCUUUCCUGCCAUCCAUCUUCUGGGAUUGAUGAGAAUGACAAUAUAGUGGAGUGGCAGCUGAUUUGUAGUAAUUAUCCAACUUGGGCAGAACAUUCAUUCUAAUUCUAAUUAAGAGAAAGAAAGUCAACACCAUCAUAUUCCAAGAUGCAGGAGCCAGCUGUUGGAGAACCCAAAGGUGUUGCCCCUCCAAGUCGUAUGACUAUAAUGAACCCUGCAGCAAAUCCCCGGCGAAUGCGGCGGCUUAUUGCAGAGGAUCCUGAGUGGAAUCUAGCCAUAGUGCCACUUCUUACAGAACUCUGUAUCCAGCACAUAAUCAACAACUUUGAAAAGAAUCCUAUUUUGGAUUGCCUCCUUCCUGAACACCAAAAAAAGGUACUGGAGAAAGUCUCUACCAGUCUUCCUCUCACUAUUACUGCCAACCUGAUUAGUGAUGAAGGCUAUUGGAAACGGUGCUGCACAGAGAGAUGGACAGUUUGUGAUGUGUCCCAUUAUGGAAACAGCUGGAAACAGAUGUUUUUUGAACGUCACCUAGAGAACAUUCUGAAGUAUUAUAUCCCAGAUACCACAAGCCCUGACCAAGUCCUGGAUAUCAUCCCACUUUGCAAAGAAUAUGUGAGGAGACUGGAGAUUGAUCAAUUUCUUCCGCCAGUGAAAUUGGAUCAGAAGGAAGAUGAAGAAGCGUCUGAUACUGAAAGUGAUGCUGAAAUAGAUGAACCUUCAAUGGACCAUUUUGAUAUGAGCUUGCUUAUUCCAGCUCUCUGUCACUUAGAGGAACUUCACCUGUCCUAUGGUGUUAAAGAUUGUGGCAUGAAUUUUGAAUGGAACCUAUUUGAGUUCACUUAUCGGGACUGCAGCUCACUGGCAAAUGCUCUGAAGAAGUGUCUAACUCUGAAAGUGUUGAAACUGACCCGUAGUAAAGUGGAUGAUGAGAAAGGCCGGCUACUGAUCAAACAUCUAUUAGAUCAUCCCACGUUAAUAGAGCUAGAUUUGUCCCACAACCUGAUUGCAGACCGUGGAGCACGAGCCAUUGGCAAGCUAAUGAACUGCAGCAACCUGAUAACCCUGAACCUUUGUGACAACAGGAUCCGGGCCCAAGGAGCCCAGGCUAUUGCUCAUGCCCUGUCCAAGAAUUCCACCUUGACAUCCUUAAAUAUGCGCCUGAACAGCAUCGAGGAUGAAGGCGGGCAAGCCAUCUGCAAUGCCCUCCUGGUUAAUAGCGCACUAACAACUCUUCACUUGGGUGGCAAUGAGUUGUCGGAGCCAACAGCCACACUUUUCUCUCAAGUCCUGGCCCAGAACGUAACACUGACACACAUCAACCUUUCCUGCAACCACAUUGGGAUAGAUGGAGGAAAGCAGCUGCUGGAAGGCAUGUCUGAUAACACGACCGUGGUCGAAUUUGAUCUAAGGUUGGCAGAGGUGGGACAAGAGAGUGAAUACCUCAUAAACCAAACCAUAAAGACUAACCGGGAACAAGCCCGACUCAAGGGACUUCGUUCAACCUCCACCCAUGUCCCAUCUGCUCAUGAGGAAAAACAUCCUGAACCUGUUUAACAUUUAUAUAUUUUUUUCAUAUUCUCCAACUGUAUUUGAUUAAAUAUCUGUUUUUAAUCUAA